AUGAUUCCCGUUCCCGAAGCCGACAGCAUCAAGGACCUCUUCAGCCUUAAGGGCAAGGUCGUAAUCAUUACCGGUGCAUCCGGUCCCCGCGGCAUGGGCAUUGAAGCCGCCCGCGGCUGCGCCGAAAUGGGCGCUGACCUCGCAAUUACCUACUCCUCCCGCCCAGAAGGAGGCGAGAAGAACGCAAAGGAGCUCCAAGAAAAGUACGGUGUGAAAGUGAAAGCCUACAAGUGCGACGUCGGCAGCUGGGAGAGUGUCGAAGGUCUAGUCAGCUCUGUGAUCAAAGACUUCGGCAAGAUCGAUGCAUUCAUCGCCAAUGCAGGCCGCACAGCCAGCAGCGGAAUCCUAGACGGCUCUGUCUCUGACUGGAACGAAGUGAUCCAAACCGAUCUAAACGGCACUUUCCACUGCGCCAAGGCUGUUGGAGCUCAUUUUAAGGAGCGUGGCACUGGCAGCUUCGUCAUUACUUCUUCUAUGUCUGGACACAUUGCCAAUUUCCCUCAGGAGCAGACUUCGUAUAAUGUUGCUAAGGCUGGUUGUAUUCAUAUGGCACGGUCGUUGGCUAAUGAGUGGCGUGGCUUUGCGCGCGUCAACAGCAUUUCGCCUGGUUAUAUCGAUACUGGACUUUCAGACUUUGUUGAACAGAAGACGCAGGAUUUGUGGAAUUCUAUGAUUCCUAUGGGUCGCAAUGGUCAGGCUAAGGAGUUGAAGGGUGCUUAUGUUUACCUUGUUAGCGAUGCUAGCACUUACACUACUGGUGCUGAUUUGCUCAUUGAUGGUGGUUACACUGUGCGGUAA